UUUUAGGGUCGUCGUCGUCGUCGCGGGGCAUCUUCUUGGCGGGCGCGCAUCAUCCUGGACGCGAUCGAUCGCAUUUCACUCGCCAGCGAUCGAUCCAUCGCAUUGGUGAGUUGAUGAUCCCCCUCCCGGAGUGAGUAACGCGGGAUGGCGAUCUUCCGCGAUUCCUUUCUUUGCGAUCAUGGAUUUCGCGUGUGUGCUUGCUUGCUUGUGCUUGUUUGAGAGCUAGCUAGGUCGCGCUAGGCGUAGUGCUUGUGCCGUGAUGCGAUCAUACAUCCAACGCAUUGCACAGUGUGUGUGUGUCUGUGUGUGUGCGCUUUCAAGCUUUGCUAGUAUUGAGCCAACUUAGUCUAAAGUUUGUCGCUGGGAGGUGGGGUCUCUAGCGCACAGACUGUACACAGUGUGUGAGCGUGUGCGCAGUUUUCUCUCCUUUUGUGUGCGCGUUUUCUCGUUGAAUCUUCUCUGGCUGCUGGCUAAAAUUUUUUCUCCUUCUUUCUUCUAUCGCAGUGACAAAAAAGUUUGUAGCUGGCUUGCUCGCUCGCUCGCUCGCUCCUUCCUUUUGAUUUGAGUGAUUGUUUGUGUCAGUCGUGGCUACUUCUUCCCGAUUUCGCAUUGGGUGUCAGGUCAACGUGCUACAGGGCGCUUGCAUACCAAAUUCCUUUUUUUUUCUCGAGUCUCUUCUUCUUCCUUGCUUUGCCUUGCUUUGCCUUGCUUGUAUGUAGAAAUGGUAUGUAUAUAGGCUUUCUUUGUUUCUAUGUGUCCUGAGCUAGGAACACUAGGCGUGGUGGUGAUAAAGAGUUUUUUGUUAGCGGUUUGUCGCGUCAAGGGAGAUGCUCUCUACAGUAGCCUGAUUCGUGUAAGCUCUGUAGACUAUUUCUCCUCUCCUUUCUCGGUCUGUCUUUCCCAAUUCUUGUGGUGUGAAGGUGAAGGGGUCUAGAUCUGGUUUGUCUCCCUCAUUCUGUUUCGUCGCGCUUGAGCUUGGUGCAAGUUCUCUCCGCUGUCUUCUUCAUGUGACCACUGCUGAAGUCGCAGCGCUGCUAUGGGUGGAUCACAGAAGUUGUUCCAAUCGCUUGGAAUCAUCAAAGUCAAAAGCUCAUCUGAGGAAAAUAAGAAGCCGAAGAAGGCCAAGGGAAGAAAAUGGAAGUUCUGGAAAUCGUCUAUCCAUGCCACAGAUGACAAGCCGCAGGUGGUGGUGAGGAAACCCGAUUUUCCCCAUGGUUCUCAGGACUGGGCUGCCGUUGUUAUCCAGACGGCCUUUCGCGGAUAUAUGGCUCGGAGAACGCUCCGUGCCAUUAAAGGUGUCAUUCGGUUGCAAGCGCUCGUCCGUGGUCGCACCGUCAGAAAGCAAGCUUCCAUCACGCUUCGGUGCAUGCAGACUCUGGUCAAGGUCCAACGCGCUCGCCAGACGCGACUUCACGAAGCGUCCACAAUGCGUACCAUAACUCAUCGCCCGAUUCCAACCGACAAGACUCCAGAGAAAGGAUGGGCUGAUGGAGUUCGCACGAAGGAAGAAAUGAAGACAAGGAUCCAGCAGAAGCACGAAGCGGCUGUGAAGCGCGAGCGCGCCUUGGCGUAUGCUUUCUCACAUCAAUGGAGGGCUCAUCCUCGACCACCAACGAAAGGCGCGGAGAAUCCUGAAUGGGAGUGGGGGUGGCUGGAGCGUUGGAUGGCUUCACGCCCCUGGGAGAAUCACACCGUGGAGGAAGUUCUAAAGAAUGGAGUCCACAGCAAGAGCUCCGUGCAACCGCCGAGCAAGAGUCCCAAGGAGAGCGAAUGCGUUGACUCGCCAAAGAGCGUCCAAUCUAACAGUAAGUUCCAGCCGACACCGGCCUCCGAGAUAAGCUCGCCAGCGUCCGUCAAGGUCACUUCCACUCCAGGCAGGACGACGAGCAAUGGCUACACCAAUUACGUGGUGGUGAACGGGGUCGAGAAACCGGUGGUCAAGUCGAGGUACAUGAAUCCCAGGAAAACUCCAGGCACUCCGGACCAGAGCAAAGAUCGACCAUCCAGCCUUCCAAAGCAGAGACCAUCAAGCGAGGAUCUUGAGUUCCAAAAGAAGCGGCUCUCACUCCCAACACCCAAGAUCAAGGCUCUCAACAAAGAAGUGACUACUCCCACAAAGUCUCCGGUGGUGACGCCCAAGAAGGCUACCAUGGUGCUGUAAGCUAGCUCCGCGUCCUCCUCAGGUACGAAGCUCCAGAGAUUUGCUUCCUCUUCUCUACUCGCUGGUCGUCACAGUAGCUAUCAAUCAUGUUUUCACUAACAGGAGCUCGAGAGAUUUGUGUCCUUUGGAGCUGUGCCAAGCACUCACGAUCAAGGAUAAAAAGAAAGGCACACAAGAUAGAGUUUUGCGUGGGAUUUGAUUGAUCGAUAGCUCUCUCUCUGUCUCUUUUGUGUAAUUUGCUUUUUUUUUUAAGUGGCUUUUGUAAAUACAAGAAGAAUGUUCCUUUAAA